UUCUUGGUCCCGGUGUUCUCCUGUCUCUCUACACAAACUGCUGUUGGCUGUGUUCUCCAUGGAGCUCUGUUCCUAGCUGUUCUCUGACAAAGGGCUUGUUCUGUGUAGCACAGUUCUGGUCCUCUUUGUUCAGCCUCUGGCUUCAACCACUGAAUCGCAAAUAUUCUCCAGCUGGGAAUCAGACAAGGGCAGACAUGAACCCAGAAGCCCAACAGGAUGUUUCAGUUUCCCAGGGAAUUCGCAUGAUGUUUUACAUGGUGAAGCCCAAUGAAACGUCAUUCCAAACCCUGGAAGAGGUGCCUGAUUAUGUAAAGCAGGCAACUCCAUUUUUCAUUUCCUUAAUGCUUCUUGAACUGGCCGUCAGCUGGAUUCUCAAAGGGAAGCCAUCAGGUCGUUUGGAUAAUGCAUUAACAUCAAUAUCAGCCGGCAUUUUUUCUCGGCUUCCAAGCUUGUUUUCUAGGAGCCUCGAACUGACCACUUACAUUUAUAUCUGGGAGAACUAUAGGCUCAUCAGUUUGCCUUGGCAUUCUCCAUGGACUUGGUAUUUAACUUUCUUAGGAGUUGAUUUUGGCUACUACUGGUUCCAUCGCAUGGCCCAUGAGGUUAAUAUCAUGUGGGCUGGACACCAAACCCACCACAGUUCUGAAGACUAUAACUUAUCCACAGCUCUGAGACAAUCUGUUUUGCAACUAUAUACUUCUUGGAUAUUCUACUCUCCCCUGGCCCUCUUCAUACCACCUUCAGUAUAUGCUGUUCAUCUUCAGUUCAAUCUUCUCUACCAAUUUUGGAUCCACACAGAGGUCAUCGAUAACCUUGGUCCUUUGGAACUGAUUAUUAAUACUCCUAGCCAUCAUAGGGUUCAUCAUGGCAGAAACCGUUAUUGCAUAGACAAAAACUACGCCGGCGUUCUUAUUAUAUGGGAUAGAAUUUUUGGGACAUUCGAGGCAGAAAAUGAGAAAGUUGUAUAUGGUCUAACACAUCCCAUUAAUACAUUUGAACCAUUUAAGGUGCAGUUCCACCAUUUAGUUUACAUAUGGACUACAUUCUGGGCCACACCUGGAUUCUUCAACAAGUUUUCUGUCAUAUUUAAAGGACCAGGAUGGGGUCCAGGUAAACCAAGACUUGGACUGAGGGAAGAAAUCCCAGAGGUCACGGGAGAAGAAGUACCAUUCUCAUCACCAGUGUCUUAUCUAUUAAGGAUCUAUGCAGUUGUACAGUUUGCUUUGAUGCUAGCAUUUUAUGAAGAGGCCUUUGCAGAUAAAGCUGCACUGUCACAGGUCACACUCCUUCUGAGGGUUUGCUUCAUUAUCCUGACAUUAACCUCCAUUGGAUUUCUUCUGGAUCAAAGACCUAAGGCGGCUGUUCUGGAAACUUUCCGUUGCUUGGUAUUCCUAAUGUUGUAUAAAUUCGGUCAUCUGAAGCCUUUCAUUCCCUCUUUGUCAUUUGCUUUUGAGAUUUUUUUUCCCGUCUGCAUUGCUUUCUGGGGAGUUAGAAGCAUGAAACUUGCCUCCGGCCCUUGGAAAUAAGUUUGUAUUCAAUUCUUUUGUUUUAAUCAGUUGCCCACAACCACAGUAUAUUGUGAUUGCCUCAUAUAAUCAUAUAAUGAUUAUAUGAACCAUUUCUUUAAUGAAAGGUAAUUAUGCUUAUUUACUUAUGCUUGCUUUUCAUAUCUGUUGCUUUCUAUUAAAAUUAAAGUCAGCUGCAGUUACUUUCUUUUAUUGCUAGGGUUGAAAAAAAGUAAUUUCAAAUACAAUAAUGUUGUAUUUACUGGUGGUGUCUAAGCCAAAGUGUAUAAGAAAAGGAAGGGAAAAAAUGUAAAAAGAAUGAAGAUUUAAUUUGCAUUUUUGACAGCUUCUGUAUGUUAAAAUUGUGCUUAGAUAAAUAUUUGUUCUCAUAAAAAUGUGUUACAUAAGUUGUCUGCGUAAGUCUAUAUUUACCUUUGAAAACCAUAUAACCUAAGGAGCUACAUUCUGAAAAAGACAUGACUGAAAUGAAAAUGAAUAGGAUUUGUCAAAAUAUGUGUAUUCAACAGUUAAUACCUAUGUCCGAUAUGUCUGACCUAUUUGUCUUGGCAAUUUGAAGAGCACACAGUACAGUUAUCCCCUGCUUUUCAAAGCUUGUGUUAGGCUGCACUUUUAUGCAUUACGAAAGACCUACAAUCGUACCAGUUUUCACUACCUGGAAGAAACUUUCACUUUCUUCAGAUCUUUCAGAAACCUGUAAUUUCAGAAACCUGCAAUUCCACAGUACAGGUUUCCCCUGUUACCUGAAAUAGAGACUUCUUAUGAAAUCUUUCCUAAGCCAAAAUGGUCUAAGGUGAAGAAGUAAUUACUACAAAUUUAUAUAGAAAGAUUUUGAGCAGUCUCAAAGUUUUUCUGGUACCUUAAAACUCAUCUUGCUAAUGGGUGAAGAAUAUAAAUGGGAAUAAAGCAGAGAUGCUCGGAGACACCGUUCGCAGUUAUGGCAGCUUGGGGCUAAGAUGCUGAGUGUAGUUCCCUAGGAAGGAGCUUGACCUGGCUCCUCUCACUGCCUGAGAUGUGUGUGACCUCUAGAACUGCUCAUUGCAAAACAAACACUGAAUGCUAUUUUUGUUUUUCACCUUUUUUCGCAGAAGCAAAAAAUCCCUUCUUGUUCUUAUUGGUUAGGGUUAGGCCUUAUAAGGCCAGUAAUAUUUAGGUCUUUCAUAAAACUGAGGUGUCUUAAUUAAUCCAUAAUUUCAAAAACUGGGAGAUACCUGUAUUUUAAAUUGUCACAAUAAUGUUAAUAAACCUAAAUAAAUUUG